GUAUAUUUUAUAUAGGAAAAUUUUAAAAUUUAAUAUUUCUUACCUAAUCGACUUUUCAAAAGUCAGUUUGGAUUAAAACAAAACAAAACAAAACAAAAAACUUACACAAAAAUCUAGGCACAAAAAACAAAUAGACUAAAAUAAUGGAAUGGAAGAAAAAUAUAAUGAAAUAAAAAAAUUGUAACAUGUGUUUCACUUGUUCUCUCAUCACUGAUGUGUCCAACCCGUGCCGCCAGCGCACCGCAACUGGGUAAAAAUCCGGGCAUUCGCACAUUCCGAUUUUCGGAGUAGAGUGGAGUGGGUGCUUCGCCUUGACCCAAUUCACGAAAUCUCUGUUUUGGUACAAGUAGGUCAUUCUCUGGUGCUUCCUUCGGCUGCCGAUGACCAUUCUCCAAUGCUCGUCUCGCCCGAUCUAGUCCGUGGUCGGGUCAUGGAACGCGCUCAUGUUCAUGUUCGGGGUGGGAACCACAAGGGAGUUGUCGUCGGGUUUGAUCCAUUCACAGAGAUACGGUUCGGAUAUGUUAGCGGGUAUGGCAUAGUUCUGGACCUACCUGUUCUGGGAGUCGAGUCUGGUGUAGAGGAUGACAGGUUUGUUACCCAGAAGGAUGGUGGCAAAUCCGGACCAGCACCCAUUUAUGUCGAAGGGCUUGAAUGAGUAGAUGGUCGGGUCAAGGGUGAUCCAGUUGAUGAGGUCCUUGGAGAUGGAGUGAAUCCAAACGAUGUUGCACCACACAGCUCCCUUCGAGCUGUACUGAUAGAAGAAAUGAUAGAUUUCAUUGCAGUACAUUGAUCCUAUUUAGUUCGAAAGAAAAGUAGAAUAGUAGGGGAAAGGAAAGAUUAAUUAAAAUUAGAGACAAAUUUUCUAUUUUGGGAAAAAAAUGGAAGUUAGUUUUUUUAAAUAAAUUUUUUUAUGUAAUUAGGAAGUAAGAUGUCAUUUUUGUUUUAUUAUUCUUAAAAGUAAAUUAUUUCAAUUUUUUUUGUUAUUGUAUUCAUUUUUAUAUCAUAUUUUGAAAUUAAAAAAGUAAUUUAUUUUUUUUAAUUCAUUUGAAAAAUAAAUAAACAGUAGAAAAUAUUUUUUAUAUUAAAUGACACUUAAAAAUAUUUUUUUUAUUUACAAAUUUUUAUUUAAAUCUUAAAAUUUGAAAAAUAAUAUAUUUUUUAUUAUUAUUUAAAUUAAAAAUAAUAUAUAUUUUAUUAUUUUAUUUUGGGUGGGGCUUGUGAUUUGGUUUUUGGGGGGUGAUUUUUGAAAAGUCGGUUUCAAUUUUUAUUUUUUUUUAUUUUAGCAGUUAAGAAUUGCGGCUGACUUUUUUUUUUUUUUAAUUUUAAAGUGCAAACCGACUUUUGGAAAGUCGAUUCUUAAUUUUUAACUUUUUUUUAUUUUAGCAAUCAAGAAUUGCGGUUGACUUUUUUUUAUAUAUUUUUAAAGUCCAAACCGACUUUUGAAAAGUCAGUUGGGUACAUUUGUACAAAUUUUCCCAAUUUCCUUUAUAUUUAUGUUUUUUUUAUUUUUUCUUUUAAUAUUUUGGUAAAAAAACUCCAUAUAAGUCUGCCCCUAAAUAGAACUUUGAGUUUAAGUAGUAAUGUGUGGCACAAGGGUAACUUGGGUAGUAGACCUUGAUGGGUGUGGUUCUAAGCCAAUCCCAAUUGGGCCUAUCCCUAUUGGGGCGCAUCUACAAGUACAUGUCCCAAAAGGAACCACAAAAAUAUAUAUAAUUUGAUGAAUUUUAAAUCACAUAUAAAGAAACUAUUCUUCUUAAAUAUUUCUCAAAUAGUUAUUCCUUCUCCAUUUUACUUUAUAAAUAAAUAUAAAAUUUGUGUGCCACAUAUAAUGGUAAUGAAUGACAUUCUAGUCACUUUUUCUUUAUGUCACGAUAAGUUAUUUUAAAUUAAAUGAAAAUUUAAUUAAUAUCUUAGGGAUCGGUCAGUAUCCCUAAACAAAAACUAAAAACAAAAAUUAAAAACCAAAAAUAGAAACUAAAAAUCAGAAACUAACAAUCUCUUUGAUUAAUAUUUAUAAAAUUAAAAUAAAUUAAAAAUAUAAUUAAAAAAGGGCUCAUUUUUGUCUUUGAAUUAAAUAAUAUUAUAAAAAUAUAAUUAAAAUAAUAAAAUUAUAAAAUAAUACACAUUAGAAAUAUAAUUUAAAUAAUAAAAUAAAAUUGUUAUAAUUAUUUUACUUAAUUAUUAUAUUUUUAAAAUAUACUUUAUGAUAAAAAUUUUAUUGAGCACGAUAAUUAAAAAAUAGUAAAAAUAUUUUAUAAUUAUAUUUACUAUUAUUUUUAAAAAAUUGUAUAUGUUUCUAUUUUAAUUAUAUUUAAAUUUCUAUGAUCAUUUCACUUUUAUAUUUAUUUAAAAGUGCAUAAAAUAAAUAAAAGAACUAUUUUUUGGAUAGUAAAAUUUGUUAGAAUAGGUUGCUAAAAUGAGUGAAAAUUAUAAAAAUUGAUUUUCAAUUUAGCUGAAAAUUAUAAUAAAAAUAAAAAAUUAACAACAUAAAUACACGUAUUUUUAUUAUCUAUUUUUUUAUCAUAUAAAAAUAAAAGUAGAAAACAGGAAAUAUCAACUAUACAACAAACCCUUUAUGAUUCUUGAGUUGUACAAAUGAUUUAAAUUUUGAAAAUAAGUCAAAAUUUUAGAUUUUAGUUGAUUUUAUAACAAUCAAAUGAAAAACAUUCUUAUAUGAUGAUGGCUAAUAAGACAUAUACAUCCGUAUUUAAUGCAAGCGAUUCGAACUUUAUUAUAAAAUCUUAUCUUAUUUAUGACUUUUGCUAGUCAAUUAAUAUUUAAUUAAUAUCUAUAAUAAAUAUGUUAAAGACAUAAAAAAAAUAAACGCCAAAGUAAAAGAAUCUCUUUUCGUGCAGAAAUGACAAUUUCAACAAAAAUUCAAUUCCAGCAAACAUUUCCAGCCGAUUCACCCUCACCCGCCCAGUAGCCUAUGUCGUCAAUCCCACUACCAUCUCAAACUCAACAUCCAGUAAAAGAUAUUUGAAAUCUAUGUUGAAAUUGAAACUACGAUUAAAGGAAAUCCAGAAUUGAAAUUCAGAUUCAGAAGCAAUCCUCGAGCAAAUCACAGAUAGAGAUCGCUAAUCAGAUUGAGCAAAUCUAAAGAGACAGAAAAUCAAACUUAAAUCACUGGAAGCCAAACCUGGCAAUGCUCAGAUCCAGCCAGCUCCGACUCCCGAACCGUGACGGCCGGGGACCGCCCGAUGCAUCUGCGUCUCCGGCGAAUUGAAAAAACCCUAAUGAGUGAUUGAUGAUAGGGGGUGACGAUGAGCAGUGAUGAUUGAUCUAGAGAACGUACGCAUCACUCCUCUUCGUUAUCUCUUUUCCCACUCGUUAACUUCACACGUUUUCGCCUCUAAUCAUCAUCGCCAUGACAAUGGAAAAAGUCCAACUGGUAGCUACCCCUCCAGCCCUAAAGUAAGCGCUCCCAAAAAGAAUAUAGAUUCCCUUCGUUGGGGAUGACCCCAGAGGGAAAUGUUUCAUUUUAUAUUUCCGCACGUCCACAUCACGCGCACUCUCUCUCUCCUCUAUCCCUCUCUUUCUCUCUCCUCUCUCUGCGUCAGUUUUGUGGACUGCAAAUGCAAUUUGCAAACCCCACACCCACCAUGUACCUCAUCCUCAGCCCUCCUCCUCCUUCUUCGUCUUCUUCUUGUUCAAAGAAGAGCCAUGCUUGUUUCCCAUCAUCGCCGGCGACUCCUCCUGUUCCUUCACCUACUCCUCUCUUGCUUCGCCUGUCAAGCUUGCAACCAGCUCGAUCGGGACUCUCUCAUCUCUUUUUAUCUCAACGUCUCUUCCCCUUCGGCGGCUCCCCUCGGCUGGUCCGCCGUUGACUGCUGCCUCUGGGAGGGGGUUUCCUGCAAUCAGGAUGGUUGGGUCACUCGUCUUUGGCUGCCGUCCAGAGGCCUCGUCGGCGGCAUCUCUUCCUCCCUCGGAAACCUCAGCCGUCUCUCUCAGUUGAAUCUUUCCCACAACCACCUCUCCGGUCCUCUUCCCUCUCAACUUUUCUCGCCCUUCAAUCGCCUCGAGGUCCUCGAUCUCAGCUUCAACCGUUUAAACGGAGAGCUCCCGUCGUCUUCGCCGGUGUAUAGCGGGCCCAUUCCCCUCCAGACGGCAAAUUUCUCCGGCAAUCACUUCUUUGGGACAGUACGUGUACUGUCAUCAUUCCUCCGGCUGGCUUUGAAUCUUACACAUCUCGAUCUUAGCAACAAUAGCUUCACCGGUUCAAUUCCUUCCGACCUCUGCAUCACUUCCCCCAUCCUGAAGCUACUCGACUUCUCCUUUAACAAAUUCUCCGGCGAUGUUCCCGGCGGCCUAGGGCGGUGCUCCCGACUGGAGGCUCUCCGGGCUGGUUUCAAUUCCCUCACGGACUUGCUUCCGGCUGAUAUUUAUAGCUUAGCAGAUCUGCGAGAAAUCUCCUUCCCGGACAAUGGCCUCUCGGGACCCAUUGGCGACGGCAUCGUUAACCUCACCAACCUCACCGUCCUCGUGCUCUACUCCAACAAGUUAAGCGGCAAACUUCCUCAGAACUUUGGUAUGCUUUUGAACUUGCAAGAGCUACUUCUUCACAUGAAUAACCUGAGCGGUCCUCUGCCCCCGUCUCUAAUGAAUUGCGUCAAUCUCAUGACCCUCAAUUUACGGCUCAACUCCUUCGAAGGAGAUCUCUCCGGGCUCAACUUCUCUAAUCUCCUGCAACUCAGUACGAUCGACCUCGGAAACAAUAACUUCAUCGGUGCUUUGCCCUCGACCCUUUUCACCUGCAAGUCGCUAACGGCGGUGCGCCUAGCCAAUAAUCAGCUAGAGGGAGAGAUCUCCCCGGAUAUUCUUGCCCUCCAAUCUCUAUCUUAUCUUUCGCUCUCUUACAACAAGCUAGUUAACAUCACCGGAGCAAUUAAGACGUUGGCGGGUUUGAAGAACCUCACCACCAUCAUGCUGUCUUGUAAUUUCAUGGGUGAAGAUAUGCCGGAUGAUGAGAACACAGUGGAAGCAAAUGGAUUCCCAAAUCUCCAAGCUUUGGGUCUUGGCGGCUGCCAAUUCCAUGGUCAACUGCCUCCAUGGUUACAGAAGCUCAGGAAGCUACAGGUGCUGGACCUGUCAAUUAAUCAGAUCGCUGGUUCCAUUCCUGGUUGGUUGGGGACUCUGCCCAGCCUCUUCUACAUAGACCUGUCUGAUAAUCUCCUUUCAGGAGGAUUUCCCAUGGAGCUUACUGGACUUCCAGCCCUGAUAUUGAACCAAGGUGCCACUGAAGCAGAUGAGAGCAAUCUGGAGCUGCCUGUAUUCGCUAUGCCCAAUAAUGCUACUAAGCAACAGUACAAUCAGCUCUCCAACCUGCCGCCAGCUAUAUACCUGAGAAACAACAGCCUCAGUGGCACUAUCCCUGUUGAAAUUGGCCAGUUAAGGUCUCUUCAUGUGCUGGAUCUCAGUCGUAAUAAUUUUUCCGGGGAAAUUCCAGACCAGAUAUCCAACCUUACCAAUUUAGAGAAAUUAGACCUCUCAGACAACAACCUGUCUGGCGAAAUCCCGGUAUCAUUGCGAAAUCUCCAUUUCCUGUCAUCAUUUAGCGUCGCAAACAAUAGUCUUCAAGGAACAAUACCAUUAGGAGGUCAGUUUGAUACUUUUCCCUACUCUAGCUUUGAAGGAAACCCUGGACUCUGUGGUGCAAGCCUGCAGCAACAUUGCCCAAACCAACCAGGAGUUCAAACUAGGUUUGAUCCAUCUGUAUCUAGUCAGAACCCAAAAAAGAAGCUGUUGGUUGGACUAACUGUUGGGAUCUGCUUUGGCAUUGGUUUUGUUCUCACCAUACUAGCAUUAUGUAUAGCAUCUAAGAGGAGGAUCCUUCCAAGAGGGGACAGUGACAAGGUUGAUUUGGAUACAUUCGACCCAGGAGUUCCUCCUGAAAUUGGCAAUGAUGCCAGCCUAGUCAUAUUAUUUCCAGGCAAUUCUAAUGAAAUCAAGGAGCUCACAAUAUCUGAGAUCCUGAAGGCCACUGAUAAUUUCAACCAAGCUAACAUCAUUGGCUGUGGGGGUUUUGGUUUGGUUUACAAGGCAACCUUAGCAGAUGGGACUAAGCUUGCUGUUAAGAAACUCUCAGGGGACCUAGGUCUGAUGGAUAGGGAGUUCAGAGCUGAGGUAGAAGCUCUGUCCACUGCCCAACACAAGAACCUGGUUUCCCUGCAAGGCUAUUGUGUGCAUGAAGGCUUUCGGUUGUUGCUCUAUUCCUACAUGGAGAAUGGAAGUUUGGAUUAUUGGUUGCAUGAAAAGUCAGACGGUGCAUCCCAACUUGAUUGGCCAACCCGAUUGAGGAUUGCAAAGGGAGCAAGUUGUGGGUUGGCUUACAUGCACCUAGUGUGUGAGCCACACAUUGUGCAUCGCGACAUCAAGUCCAGUAACAUUCUCCUUGAUGACAAUUUUGAAGCACAUGUAGCAGAUUUUGGAUUGUCCCGAUUGAUUCUUCCCUAUGAGACCCAUGUUACAACUGAGCUGGUUGGUACCCUAGGCUACAUUCCUCCAGAGUAUGGGCAGGCAUGGGUGGCCACUUUGAGAGGAGAUGUGUAUAGUUUUGGGGUAGUUAUGCUUGAGCUGCUCACUGGGAAGAGGCCUGUGCUGGUAUUCAUGCCAAAGAUGUCAAGAGAGUUGGUUGUUUGGGUGCAAAAAAUGAGGCGUGAGGGCAAACAUGAUGAGAUUUUUGAUCCCCUCCUUAGAGGUAAGGGCUUUGAAGAAGAGAUGUUGCAGGUGCUCGACUUGGCCUGCAGGUGCAUCAAUGAGAACCCUUUCAAGAGGCCAGCAAUCAGGGAAGUAGUAGAUUGGCUCAAGAAUGUAGGGCUAAAUUCACAUAUCCAGAAAUAAAGGCAUCGUGUACCAAUGGAUUUGGUAGGAGUCCUUCAAUACAUCCAAUGAACAAAUGCAUAUACUUGCAGAAAGAUCUGGCUUUGUUAUUAUUGCAGCUUCUCACAGUUUUUGCUUCAUACGUGUUUGUGUGCAGAGCAAUUUAUCUUGCUGUAUUUCUUUCUCCACAAUGUGUAAAGGCAGAUAUCAUAAUCAAGUGAUUUAAUCAUAAAGGAAUAACUUGCUUAGACAAAAAACGAUGAUUUGAGGGAUGGAACCGUGAUUUCUUCUCAUAAAGUGUAAUACUACCAUAAUGUUCAUGAUUCAGCAGCUUCUUGAAACUA